AGAUCAACUACAUUGGGGAUGACUAGUCUGACUACUACUCCCCAAAGGUGAUGCCACAGAAUCAAAAUUCUUUUAUGGGAUUUCUGUUCAUUUUUAAACUUAAAAUCCUUACCCUAAAAUUGGAAAUCUAGAAUCAAAAUGUCGACGAUCUCCUUCGUCGCUCUUCAAUGUUACGAGUGUUCAACGAUGCAAGUGAAGCAGAAGAAGAAGAGCAGUAACAAAUGGAAUUGUGUCGUUUGCAAUGAAAAACAAUCAGUUCGUAAGGUUUUUUAUGAAGCAAUUCUUGCUAAAGAUGUUAGAUUAUUUGUUCAGGAUUUCAAUAUGUCUAGGCAAUUUGAUGACCAGAACAAUAAACAAACCCUAAUUGAAGCGGCUAUUGGUAAUUAUGAUAAUCAGAGUUCUCAGAAUAAUGGUAAUGGAUGCUUGGCGAAGAGAAGGAACGACUGGAGUGAGUAUUUGGAGCCUGAAAUCGAAAGCAAUAGUCAAGAUGGUCAAGAGAAAGGAUGUGAGCUAGAGCCUGAGUUUGUGACAGAGUUGCCGAAAGAGAUCUUUAAGAGGCCUAAACUGAAGAACCACUCACUUGGAUUGAGAAGAUCUGGAGCAGUCAAGUCUUCCAAUCCUGUUUCAUCAUCGGAAAAGACAGGCAUUCCUAUCAGCACCAAAGGUUCCACGAGGCUACGCAGCAAUGAAGUCACUUAUAAGGAUAUUUUCGAAAAGAAUGUUAUUAAGCCAAAGAUGACAUUUCAGACAGAAACAACCAAUCUGCGUAGCAACGAAGCCACUUACAACGAAAUUUUUGAAAAGAAUAUUAACAAGCCAGAGAUGACAUAUCAGGCAGAAUCAAUCAAAGGAACAUCAAAAUGGGCUGAAUACUUAACCGAGGAAGACGAAGACAAUGACUACUUGUUUAAAGGCAGGGAUGAAACCUCAACUGAAAAUCCUUUCCAGAAUCGGAGAGAAAAUCUCUUCGAAAUGCAAUUUAAUGAUCAGAAGGUGGAAGAAGAUUUACACCCGGACUUCCUUUGAGGUUCCUGUCCAUCCAGUAUUAUUGAAAGACAAGAAAUAGAAUGUAAAAUGCAGUGGGAUUUUCGUCUGAAAAUGUUGGUUUUAUAUGUUGCAACCAUUUUCAGUGAAAUUUUAUCUCAGUAAUUUGUGCAUAUAUGAGUUAGUACCCCAUUCAAGAUAAAUUCUUGUUCACA